UUGCAUCUUCCUUAUUGCCGGAUAUUUACCCCGCAUUUUAAUUUAUGCAGAGCAGUCUGGGGCUGAUAUUCUGUAACUCGUCUCACUGGAGUGAUUCUUGUCCGCCGAGUCGCUGAUGUGCAGAAUCAAUCGUUUCACUGGGUGUCUUGGUGACCAUGAGAUGUUUUACAGACGAGGCCAAAGUGCUCGGCGCAAAGGAUGGCGUUGGAUUGUCAUAAAGAUGAAGUCUCAACUGCUCUGGCUGGUGGCAAGCGCCAUUUCGACAGGUGCUGCAACCCCCAUCAGACGGGCGUCAGACACGGCGUACUUCUUUACAUUUGGCGAUUCAUACUCGCAAACCGGAUUCAGCACGUCUGGGGAACAACCAUCUGCCUCCAAUCCCAUGGGUAAUCCUGCCUUAG